CUUGGCCUCUGCAACGGGGGCGGAUUAUCACCAGACGGAUGCCCACGGAUGCCUCGACACCGUCCACUGUGUGCCAUCAAGUGCGGUUAAGCUUCUAUGCUUCAUCCACCAAGCCCGUCGCCUUUGUCCUCAGCCUCAUGACACGAGACGACAACCACGUGCCCGCACCCUGAUGGACACACCUCUGGCCAUCUCCGUUCUACCGCAUCUCUCCCAUAGAACCCCGUCCAGCAUUCGCCAUGGACCCCGAAAAGCCCUUCAAAACCAUCGAAGUCAUCGACUCUCGAACUGGCAAGGUAUGCAAAAUCGCCUGCAUGUCCUGCAUCCGCGGGCACCGCACAACCUCCUGUGGAAACCCGGUCUGCCGCUCCAAAAUCCUCUGGACGAUCAAGCGGCCCGGCCGCCCGGCCAACACCUGCACAUGUCCGUACGGGCGGUCGGGGCGGUGCCAGUGUGUGGUGGCGCAGUCCGCGUGUCCGCAUCGGCCCAAGAAGGGCGAGAAGCGGUCUGUGGACUGCCGAUGCGAUGAACAGGGCCGGUGGUGUUGUCUGCUUGGGCUUGCGCAGUGGGAUGCUCUGAUGGGGUUGCAGAGGCCGCGGGUGGAUUUCUAUCCCACUCCGGAGGCCAUGAAUGCUGCGUCUUCAAUGUCUGCGAACCCGCCUGCUCCGUCUUUCACGCCGCCGUAUUCUAUGGCAACGCCUCAGACCAUGUUGUCAUUGCCGAGUACACCGGUCCCUUCCAACAGCGUCAACAAUAUCGGCCAUGGACAGUCCCAUCCGAAUGGCUACCAGACGCCUGCGUACCCAGCUUCACCUUUUAAUGUCAUGGCGAACGGCAUAUCCAUGCAGAAUGACGGCCACCUUAAUGGAAAUGAUCUGAGUUGGCAACACGAUAGUCUUUUGGCGCUACAACACGACCACCACUCCUACAGUGACAUGACCUCCCCGCAGUCCACACCUUUCUCGAACUCUGUUAUGAUGUCGACGGCCCCAACUACCCCUUCUCACGGGCUGGACCACUCAGCCGCAGAGCUCGACUUUGACGCAAUGGCCGCGCCCUUUGAACACAUCAACUCAACCUCCGUCGAACCCUCCGACUUGAUGGGAUUAGACAAGUCGAUUCCGGACUACUUGACCUGGCAAUUCCCCUCGGUCAUCUGCCAAAGCUGCGGUCUAAGUGGCUGCACAUGUCGCAGCUGUCCCGCGGUGAUGCAGAAUGUGAACGACGGCAGCUGGGCGCAGUGUUGUUCACGGAAACACGUUCAAGCUGCCGAUGCUGCCAAUAUACCUGCCCUACCUUCACAGCCGCAGGUGACGAAUGGCGGGGUCCUUAUGGGGGUCGAUGGCUUCGGUAUGGAUUCGCUGAAGUUUGGUGGAGACCAGCCUUUCCCUACCGAUGGGGUCGAUUUUGGGGGACCGGCUGAGGCGGACUUGGUCGAUUUCAAUCAGUUUGUCGUUACGGAUCCGGAGCCGCCGUCGCGUGGCUGUUGUUGCGGCGGGAAUAGGUGAAGUGGAUGAAUGAGCAAUGGGCGGCGAAUAGAUUAGCAUGCUGCUACGGUGUCAGGACACAGAUGCGGACGACGACACGCAAUGAUGAUGGCGCGAGGGUGGAUCUCCAGUUGAAAGAGAGCGUCGUACUGCUCUAUAUGGCUGAGCAUUGUCGAGGCAUGGCAGCAGCUCGGGUGUCAAUGAAUGAUGUAUAGCGUAUGUAUUAAAUAGAGACAGUUCAUUUGGUCCUACAUGAUCUGCACGAAGCCACCGGAGGAGAGUAGAACAGCAGUCCACGACAUCAUCCUCCCGGCAGAAGGAGAUGAAGUGGCGGACCUACGUGCUCGACUCUAGCCCGAGAUGGCCGGCGUGACAUCGAAGCCCAGCGCAUCCCGCCCAUAAGAUUCAG